GCACAUCUACGUCCCGGUCGCAUGCUACUUAUCGAUUUAUAUGAAAAGAAACUGAUUGAUGACGAUGACCUGAAAUUAAAAAUUGCAUCAUUAAGACCGUAUAAAAAAUUAUGUUCCAAACGAAUUCAUUUAAAUCAACUACGUGAAUUGCAUGUUUUGGCUACUGGUGCAAUAACACAUGAAUCGUUAAUAACAAGAGAGCUUUCGAAGCAGUCCAUUCCAGCUUAUCGUUUAAAUAAAGCACAACGUGAAAAAGAUUAUCACCUAGAUUCUGAUCGUCGUCUUACAGCAUUUUUAUAUACGCCUGAUACUUUUGCGCUUAUCAUUGCACCUAUGGUACUUCAACAGAAAGAAGCACUUGGUUCGAUGGGUAACGAUGCUGCGCUAGCUUGUAUUUCCGAUUAUAGUCCACUUUUAUUUUAUUAUUUUCAACAGUUAUUUGCACAAGUAACAAAUCCACCAAUUGAUCCAUUUCGUGAACAAAUUGUUAUGUCAUUGCGUUGUCCUAUAGGACCCGAACCAAAUAUAUUGGAACCAAAUGAAGAAAUUGUUCCGCGAUUAAUGCUUGAACAACCCGUUCUUUCACUCAUCGAUCUUGAAGUAUUAAAACAAACAACCGUGGCAAAUUGGCGUUCUAAAGUUAUUGAUAUUGUUUAUCCUGUAAGGCAUGGACCUAAGGGUCUUGUACCGUCAUUGGAUCGUAUAUGCAGUGAAGCUUGUGCUGCUGCACUCGACGACUAUCAGUUAAUUAUUUUAUCAGAUCGAAAGAUUGAUAAAGAUUUUGUUCCGAUAAGUUCUUUAUUGGCCCUAGGUGCGGUGCACCAAUGUCUACUUAAGCAAAAACUACGAGUGAAGGUGGCGAUAAUCAUUGAAUCAGGUGAGGUCAAAGAAAUCCAUGAUUUUUGUGUUCUUCUAGGAUUUGGAGCUGAUGCAAUUUGUCCUUAUCUCGUUUAUGAAACAUGUCAUCGUCUGCGGAAUUUGGGUCUUAUUGAUGAUACUUUGACUGACGCUAAGAUUUAUCAAGGUUACACGGCUGCAAUCGAACGAGGAAUUUUUAAAGUAAUGGCAAAGAUGGGUAUAAGUACGUUGCAUAGUUAUAAAGGUGCACAGAUUUUUGAAGCUGUUGGAUUAUCACAAGAAGUUGUUGAUCGUUGUUUUACAAAUACUAUUUCACGUCUUGGCGGUGCUACAUUUGAUAUACUUGCAACGGAAUCUCUAAAACGCCAUCGAAAUGCUUAUCCUGCCGUCGAAGAGAAAUAUAAUUAUGGUUUGUUUUUCAAUUUUUCAUUCAAUUUUUUUUGUUCAUUUUUAAAAAUAUAUUUAUUGAUGAUAAAUUUCCGAAUUAUAGGUGAUAGUAAAACACUAAUUAGUCAUGGGACAUAUCAUUGGCGAGAUGGAGGUGAACGCCAUAUUAACGAACCAUUCAAUAUUGCUAAACUUCAGGCAGCGGUACGUUUGAACGAUAAAAGGAGCUAUCAAGAAUUUUCAGCAGCAUCAAAUAUGGCACAACGCCUAUGUACAAUUCGUGGACAAUUGGAAAUUAAGACGAGUCGAAAUCUUCAAAUUCCUUUGUCUGAAGUUGAAGAAGCUAGUAAUAUAGUUAAAAGAUUUGUUACCGGUUUGUAUUUCUCUUUAUUGCUUUUUUUCUAUAGAAAGAAAUAG